AUGGCGGAGUCCGAUUUAAGUAAGUUCGACUUCACGAGAGCAGUGCUUUCGAUAGCUUACUGCUAAAAAGCUUGAGGCAUCUUGCAAAAAGUCGCUUUUUCCUGGAAAAUUUCUGAGAACUAGUGCGGGGUGCGAGUUUCGACUGUGCAUAUUGAAUUUUUGCUUAUGUUGAAAAAGGCAUUGAGCUUUUUUCGCAGGAUGCUACCGAAGGCACUGCUCUAGACACGAAUUCAGAAGACCAGAUCCUGUUAUUUAUGGCUGUUGCUAAAGGCAACUAUGAUCAAGGUUCGAUUAUUAUCAGAAUACAAUUAUGUUUAUGAUUACUGUUUAGUUUAUCGAAUCGUAGAGAGUGGAGAGGUAAAUGUUCGACAUCGAAAUCAAGAAGGGAAAACUGUUAUUAUGAUGCCUAAGUACUUUGAAGGACCAAAUGCGGUACACAUCACCUCACCUUUUUGAAGCAAAAAAAGGUUUUCAGAAGGAUAUUUUCAACUAUUUGGUCGAUACUGGUCUAUCAGUCGACGCUAUAACGAAAAAUGGUAGAGUUUAUUGAUAUUUUUCUGAAGGUUUUCGAGAAACUUCCUGCUAAACCUUCAGUUACAGUCCGUUCAGAUUUUGAAUGUCAAGUCGUCGCUCAAGCUCCGCCCAUAAUGGUGCGAUAAACCAAUCAGAGAGCGAACCAUCCACAGAGCGUUUUUGAAUGAUGUCAUUCUACUUGAAAUUCAAAAUCUCAACAGACUAUAAUCUUUAUUACCCUAAUAUUAUUUUUUUAAAGCUUUAAAGUUCGGAAAAAGUUGAUUGAAAGUUGCGCAAGGCUUUUUGGAAGCUUUUCAUCAAGUGCAGAAUGAAUUGUUUGCAUCAAGGGAAAGGGGCUGCAGUAAAAAAAAAGGGCGAGUUUUGGGCGUGUCGUCAUACUGCCAGUCGCGUUCGCCUCUUUGCAAUCCCAAAGGUAUUCUGGUUAUGAGCUAUGGUUAUAGUCUGUUCAGAUUUUGAAUGUCAAGCAGCUAACUCCACCCUUAGGCUGCAAUAUAUUUCGCGUCAAUGUUUUAUCUACAGUUGACGAUGGCCCUUCAAUAAGGCUGCAUUUUUGACUUCUUUUUCUAUCUUUUUGAUCAAAAAAGAUCAAAAUUAGUCCCGCGCGAUAAAAAAUCGACGCGAAAAGGUACCGUCUCAGUAGGGGCGGAGUUAGCUGGUUGACAUUCAAAAUCUGAACAGACUGUAGACGUGUGGCGAGGAAGACGGUUGAGACAGGAUUAUGUCGCCCGCUUGCGCGAGUGAUCCGUCUAAUUCAUUUGCCGUCUAUGAUGGUAUUGAAAUGGGUCUCAUGAUUGCCGAUACUUUGCGUCAUUGGAUUCCGGUUUCGGUGCACGCAUGUUCAAGGCGGCCGUUCGUAUUACGGUAAUCAAGCUAGGUUUUUCGGGAAUAAAAUGAAAACUUGUUCACUUUGACGUAACUUAUCUUGUAACCUUGAGAAAAAGGCCCUUACCAAAUUGCAAAAAAGAAAAAAAAUUUCCUGGCUCCGAAACUGACGCCGCAAUUGUGACCGGCAACCGGCCGCUAUAGCACUGUCUUAAACAUGCGUGGGUCAGGAUGUUCAAGUGAUGAAAUAUCCACGGCGACACCGCCACGUUCCCCUCAGCGGCGGAAAAUGAAGUGUUUUGUAUGCAGUGCACCAGUUGCACUAGAAGCGACGCGCAAAAAGCGAAAUUGAUUGUUAAAUAUGAAUAAAGUUAUUUUCUAACGGUUAUUCAUCCACGGAUCGCCAAAAAAAAAAAUGAUGGUAGGAAGGAAAAAACCGCGAAUAUUCGUAAGCGUGAAUUGUGCAUACACCGAUAUUGGAGGCUCAAAUCUUUGAAAAAUUUGAAUCUUUUGCAAAUUUUUUUAUUAUGGCGCGUUCAGGAGCAAAACGCGAAAUUCAAAAAGAGCGUUCACGGCGAUGCUUCGAAAAAGCGAAUUUCGAUUUUUGAAAAAAAUUUCGAGAUAAUUUUGAGAAAUUUCAAAAGUAUCGAGAAAAAUCGGUUUCGCGCGGAAUGGGUUACCGAAUAGUGAUAUUUUUUUGUGCUUCUUGGCGCCAAGUCAGCAAAUUCAAAAAGUUCAAAAAAAUGACAUAAAUUUCAAAUUUGCAAGGAAGGCGCCGAGAAGCACACGAAAAAUGUCAAUAUAUUCAAUUUUUUUCUUGUUUUUGGUUCAAUUUUUUUCUUAUUUUCUUUUCAAAUAACUUUUGUGCGUAACACUUACCUGAGCACUUCGUGACUAUUUCAUCUCUCUCCGUCGUAACUAUUCAUGAUGGAUUAAACUAUUUUGAAUCUGUGUUUGCUCGGCUUUCAUAAAUUUUGCGAACUACUACGGUUUUUCGAAUUUGAAGUUUUAAUUUGACAACUAAAGCUCAUUUUUUCACGGAGUUGUCCCUGAUUCUCAAUAUUUUUCUCUUUUUAACGAUUUUCUGGAAGUUUAUGAGGAGAGAGCACGAUGGAAAGUUCAUACAAAAAGAAAUAAAGCCGUAAGAGAAGCUCUCACAAAACUUGUGGACGACGUUUGUGCGAGCCAAAACACGCAAGACAAACCGUUUUUUUAUUUUUCAUUAAAAGACAUCAAUUCAUCGUGAAUAGUUACGAGAGAGAUGAAUUAGUCACGAAGUUCUCACCAGGGAAUGGUCUCCGGUCGCAGUGGGAUCUCUCAAUGAGAGACGCCAUUAUAGAUAGCACUCCCAAAAAGUCUCCUCUUGGCGCAUUCCGCGUGCGUGCGCGCGCCAAUUCAAAUUUUGUCUCUUGAACUAGAUUUUACAGGCUUCCAGUAUAUGGUUCUUUUUGUAUAAUUUUUUUCUUGCAUUAAAAAAACUUCCAAUUAAUUUUUACCCGGGUAUCAUAUCUAUGAUAACUGGAUAUACGGGCAGAGUACCUGAAAUUUUUUUGAUUGCUACCGAGUAGCCUGGAAAUGCUUCCCAGGUUUUUUUAUUAUUAUUAUUUUUUUAGUCACUUCGGUUUUCUAAUUUUUAUUCAUUCUGUUUUCAGACUUCCUUUGAAAUUUGUAUAAGCUGUACACGUUGUUCUCCAUUCGCUCAUGAGAAACGAAAAAUGAAUUUUCAGCAGCACAUUUCCUUAUCAUGCGACGAGCUUUGAAAAAUCGUAUCUCCGCUCAAAAACGUUUCCAAAAACAAACUUUUUUCACGGACCUGCGCGGCAUUUUUUGAGAACAGAUUUGGAAACAGCAUGAAAAACUUCAUCUAGUGAACUGUGUCUCAUUCUGAAAUCCAACUACGACCAGAGACCAUUCCCUGGGCAGCUAGAGCUAAAAUUUAUGCUCGACGUCUCAUGAUGGACACGUUAUGGAAUAUUCAAGAUUCAUUUUAAGAGGUAUAUUUGUGGGCACAUUAUGGUACCUUCCCCAUUUGCCUGUGCAAUUGAGUGAAGGCGAAAAAUUUGAAUUUGCGCUAAAACAAGAAAAAAACUUUCUUAAAUAAAAGUUAGAUUCCCUAAAUGAGUCAAUAUUAAAUAAAAAGAAAACUGGAAAUGAAUAAGUAAGAAAAAAAUUAUACAAAAAGAACCAUAUACUGGAAGCCUGUAAAUCUAGUCCAAGAGACGAAAUUUGAAUUGAGCGCGCACGCACGCGGAAUGCGCCAAGAGGAGACUUUUGGGAGUGCUAUCUAUAAUGGCGUCUCUCAAUGAGACCAAUUUUUCCAGAUGUAGUUUUUCACGCUGAUCUCAAAUCUGGUCUCAAAAAUUGCCGAGGAGCUCUGUGAAAAAAGUUAUGGACCCUCAAAAGUCGAAAAUUUCAGUGUCUCCGAUUGAGCUCAUUUUUGGAGGGUGUGUAGAUCUUGUCCCUCUGUUCAAGAAAAACCAUUGAAGUUUUCACAAAAAAAUUUCGGAGCCCAGAUAUGAUGUUUCAAAGCCCCGCCUCACACAAGAGCUUGCGAGCGCGGUGUGCUAUUGCGAUCCGGCGACCGUCGAAGCAAGGGCAGCAAGGAGCAGUGGUAAGGCGGCCGAAUGGGAAUCACGAGGUCAUAGGUUCGGUGCCCACUCUGUGCAAACUUUUUUUUGCAUUUUUUUCUACUUUCUAUGAUUUCGUUUAAGGGCUCCUAUUUUGAGUUUUGAGGCGUAUAAACAUGAAAAAUCUUCGUUUUUAGCCUAUUCCAACAUCUAGAGUUAUUUUCGUCAAAAAUUUUUUUCAUGGAAUUUUUCGAGAUUUUUCAUGUAUAUGAGCAUGGGCUGGAGUGAGAAAAAUUUUCAGAAAAAAAUUUUUUUGUUUUUCUCCAUUUUUUUGUUCCUAAAAGAUUUAUAAGUUUAAUUAGUCAUAGAUACGCCGACAUAUCCCACAGAAAAAAAUUUUUUUCCUGGCUUUUUUUAGACCUCACCGUUCAACUACGACUUCAUAAGAAAAAAAUAAAUCCGCAUUUUUUUCAAAUUUUUUUGCUGAAACUUUGAAAGAAAUCCCUUCUGAUUGAUAGAUAACACAAUCGGGACCAAAAAUCCCCCAAAUAAUUCGUUCUAAUGGAACUUGUGAAAGUUCACAGUCCAGUCAGACUUUUUUUCGAGAGAAAAUUUCGAGGAGAGAAAAAGAAAUUUUUUUAUUCAACAAUAAAUUUUGUUUUUUUGCGCACUCUCAUUUUUUUCUACUUCGGGAAAAAUCGCGCAAAAACUUUUUCAGGCAUAAGGUGAUGAUCAUAGGUAAAUCACUGCAACUCUCAAAGAAGUUUUUGGAAGAAAAAAAAUUACUGUGGUUUUUUUUUUGGUGUAUCAAUGAAUAAAUGGACUAAAUAACUUUUAAAUAAAAAUUUUAAAAAAAGAAAAAAAUAACCAAAAAAAUUUAUUGAAAAAUUUUUCCUCACUCGAGCCUAUACUCAUACACAUGGAAAAAUAACGAAAAAAAUUACAUGAAGAAAUUUUUUUGACAAAAAAAGUCCAGGUGUUUGAAUAGUUUCAAAACGGAGAACUUUCACAGUUUAACGCUUCAAAACUCGAAAAAGAGCACUUACGCAAAAAUUUUCCGAAACUUCCAUCAGUCGUAGUUGAACGGUGAGGUCUAAAAAAGCCAGGAAAAAAAUUUUUCUGUGGGAUAUGUCGGCGUAUCUAUGACUAGAUAAACUUAUAAAUCUUUUAGGAACAAAAAAAUGGAAAAAAAAAACAAAAAAAUUUUUCUGAAAAUUUUCUCACCCCAGCCCAUGCUCAUUAGAGUUCACCAAACCGAUCAUUCAACCAUUUCAAUUGAUCAAACUAUUGACAUGUCACUGUUCAACCAAAUUUUAACAUGUCAUUUUUUGAGAGAUCGUUUAUUAGAUCAGUUUUUGAUCUCUUACAUUAAUGAUCAGUCAUUGGAUUUUAACGUUUUGAUAUAUCGAUAUUUCGACCAAUAUAUUCAAUACAACAUUUCGAUCAAUCAUUUUUUCGACCAAUAUUUUCAAAACAAAAUUUCGAUCAAUCAUUAUUUCGACCAAUAUUUUCAAAACAACAUUUCGAUCAAUCAUUUUUGACCAAUAUUUUGAGCAUAAAAAUUUUCGAUCGAUCGAAAUUCCGAGCGAUCGAUUUUCAAAACAGAUCGCUCACACGGGGCAGGUUUUCGGAGUACUAGUAAACAGGUGAAAAAUAUUCAUUUUUUUUCCGACAAAUUAAAGUUUUGCACUUUUUCUUGAACUUAUUUGUUAUAGUCUAUAUGGCAUUGUAGAAAUUUUUUUGCUUUUUAGGACCAGUGAACACAGAGAAACAGAAAAAGAUGAUGAUAUUUCGUUACGAAAAAAAUCAAAAAAAGAAAUUAUGAUGAACAUUUGAAAGAGAAGCGGUUUUUUUAAACAGUAGUUUUUGAACAUACUUUUUUUAACAAAAAAAUUCAUUUCGAUCAAUCAUUUUUUUUCGACCAAAUUUCCAAUAAAAAAAUUUCGAUCAAUCAUUAUUUCGACCAAUAUUUUCAAAAACAAUAUUUCGAUCAAUCAUUAUUUCGACCAAUAUUUUUCAAAACAAAAUUUCGAUCAAUCAUUUUUUUCGACCAAUAUUUUCAAUACAACAUUUCGAUCAAUCGAAAACUGAACGAUCGAUUCAAAAUGAUCUCUCAUUUAAAAUGAAAUGUUGACAUGUCGAAAAAAACGAGAGAUCAUAAUCAUGAGACAAGUUAAUCGUUCGGUAGCAAGAAAUGUUAAUCAAUCAUAUUUUUUUGGUAACAUGUCAUGAAAAUAUUGGUUGAACGUUUGGUCGAACGAUCUGUUUGGUGAACUCUAAUGCUCAUAUACAUGAAAAAUCUCGAAAAAUUCCAUGAAAAAAAUUUUUGACGAAAAUAAUUCUAGAUGUUCGAAUAGGCUAAAAACGAAGAUUUUUCAUGUUUAUACGCCUCAAAACUCAAAAUAGGAGCCCUUAAACGAAAUCAUAAAAAAUAGAAAAAACUGCAAAAAAAGUUUGCACAGAGAGGGCACCGAACCUAUGACCUCGUGAUCCCCAGUCCGCCGCCUUACCACUGCUCCUUGCUGCCGUUGCUUCGACGGUCGCCGGAUCGCAAUAGGACACCGCGCUCGCAAGCUCUUGUGUGAGGCGGGGCUUUGAAAGAUCAUAUCUGGGCUCCGAAAUUUUUUUGUGAAAACUUCAAUGGUUUUUCUUGACCAGAGGGACAAGGUCUAUAUACCCUCCAAAAAUGAGCUCAAUCGGAGACACUGAAAUUUUCGACUUUUGAGGGUCCAUAACUUUUUUUCACAGAGCUCUUCGGCAGUUUUUUUGAGACCAGAUUUGAGAUCAGCGUGAAAAAAACUACAUCUGGAAAAAAAUUGGUCUCAUUGAGAGAUCCCACUGCGACCGGAGACCAUUCCCUGGUCAGAUAAGUGUUACGCACAAAGUUAUUUCAAAAGAAAAUGAGAAAAAAAUUGAAUUAAAAAAACAAGAAAUAAUUGAAGAAAUAAUAAAAAAAUUUGCAAAGAUUCAAAUUUUUCAAAUAUUCGAGCCCCCAAUAUCGGUGUAUGCACAAUUCACACUCACGAAUAUUCGCGGGCCCAAAAUUCCUUCCUACCAUCAAAAAAAUACUACACUACAUUGAAAAACACAUCUCGAAUUAAGAUCAUGAUCUCUGAUAAUAAGAUAUAAGAUGCAACAACCAGGCAUAGUUGAUUCUCAUUCAGGUAGAACGGCUCUCCAUUACGCUGUUGAUGCGAACAAUUUUCUAUUGGUCAGGCUGUUGAUGGAAAGAGACGCGAAAUUUAUAAAAGAUAAUGAUGGUAACCAUCCACUGUUCUCAACAGCCAUGAACUUGAAUGCGGUUAGUUUUUUCUCCCCAGCAAAAAAGUCAUUUUUUCAGUCAAAAGUAUACCACUUAUUGUUAAUGUACGUUAGCACUGAGAUGAAAGCAGAUGCCGAUUUACUACGAGACUCUACUAAAUUCUUGUCGGAACUAGAAAAAAAAGGCAUUAAACCUCACAUGCUAAGAGCGGAGAUGAAUCGUUGGUUGGGAGCAACGGUUGGUUUUCAGCUCUAAAAAGAAUCCUGAUUACUUAUUUCAGUUGAAAGUAAAAAACUUCGUGAACAGUCUCUACGUAGUGCCGCCUGAAGAGGACGAAAUAGUGAUGGGCUGUCCGAGAAGCGCCUUUUAUCAAGUACUGUAUUUUCUGGAAUGAACAAGGAAUCGGGGGAAAAAAUUGAAGAAAUUGAUGAGCUGAUUAUAUUGUUCUCCUUGAAAAAUCCUCGAAACUAGCCAAUUAUCAGAAUAGACUUCAUUCUACAGUCGUAAUUUAUGCCUCGUUCGAAGCUAAUUCGCGGGGCAAAACAGUCUUCCUCGAUUGAAAGUUUGAGCAGAACCACGGCAGAUUCCCACAGCGUGAUUGGUUGGCUCCGCCCAUUCGACAAGAAAAAUAUUUUGAAAGAAUCCGCUGCGUUUUGACUGUUGAGUCAGAAAAACUGUUUCUUUACGCGCGACGGAUUAGCUUCGAAUGCGUCAACCAUUCAUCCGAAGUUCGGAUUCCGAACCCAUCGAUGCUCAUACGAACCUUUUAGGUUGCCCAUACGUUAUCAUUCGCAUCUAAAAAUAGUUUUUUUAAGUGGUCAGAACGAGCCAAAAAAAAAAAAAUGUAAAAAAAUUCAAGGUAAGUAAUGUAGUGUAGUCGUAAUCAGUUUUCCAGAAUUUUUAACAAAAAAUAUUCAAAUUUAAAGAUUCCAGUGGAUCUUCUCCUGAUCCGCGGUUUGAUCAUGAUAAACCCACAUGCAUGGCAGCAUAUCCGCCAAUUUCUUCAUGUCAUCAAAAAUAAGAGUUUUUUGAAAAUUUUAGUGAAGAGAUUCCUCUUGUAGUUGAAGAUUAGAGCAAGUUUGACGAAAUGGGUGCCCAAUGAAGGCUUAGAAAAAAAAAUUGCGUUCACAUGAGGAUCGACCGGGUUGGGAUGAAUGUCUGCCAGAGAAGAAAGAAACAUUCAAAAAAAAAAAUUCCUCCCAUUUUACAGUGUUUCGUUGUGCGCGAAAAGGUUCUCGGUGGCCGGAGACAUCCGGCAGUUCGUCGGGCAAUUUACCUAUAUGUUAACAGACUCGAUUUGACAUUGAAAGUUUAUGAGCGGUUCGUUUUUCCAACGAGCUUGAAAAUUUUGAAAAUGUUGAACAACGAAAUAAACUAUUUUUUGUCGUCAAAUGUUGAAUUUUCAGAGAAAAGUCCCUAAUUCGCUUCAUGAUUUUUUUGUACCUGGAGUAUGUUGUUUUAUCGUUUCACCUCUACAUAUGUUUAUAUACAGACAUGAGCCGUUAUUCGUCGAAGAUAUUGUGAGCCACUUAGUUGGGCGUUGUCAAGCAUUGUUUCACAAAGCGAGACAAACUGGACGCCGUGAAGAGACUAAACUCUCGAAAGUUAUCCUUGCCUCCUACAUAUUCGAACUUGUAGGCGAUAUUUUGGAAAAGGUUUUCUUUUCAAAGGCGAGAAUGCGUUUCAGUACUUUUCAGGCUCCCGAACACAAAGAGAAAAUUCCUAAUUUUCGAGAAUGGUGCACAACUUUGAGCGAGUUCGCUCUCGAAAUUUUUUGCAAGGUUGUUUUUUUCGUAUUUUGCUAUGGUUUCAUACACUUGAUAAAGUUUUCUGAAUGACGUUCAUAAGGAAAAAAUUUAAAAAAAAAAAUGAAGAAACUAUUGAAAAGUCUAAGGAAUAUUGUCACAAGUUAUACUUCACAAAGUAGGUCAUUUUACUUUGAGCCAGAACAAUCCUUGUUGUACCAGACAAAGAUCCUGGAAGUUUCAAACUGCAAAACUUUCUACUUUACGAGAAAUAGGCACUACAGCCCCAAAAAUGGCCCAUUUUAACGGAUUUUGAGGGUUUUCUGUGACUUAGAGACCUAUUUUCUUAAAAACGAGCAAGUUGUGCAGGUUGAAACUUUCACGUUCGUCUUCUGGUACAUCAAGGAGCGCUCUGGUCAAUUUUCAGGAAAAUCCCAACCGUAAAGUAAAAUGACCUUAUCAAAGUUUUUAUAUUUUUCUAUCAAAGAGUUAUUAUGAUUUGAUCAUAAGUUCUUUCAGAUUGACACCGUUGAUGCGACCCUCUUCGGAUCGAGUGAAAUGCAAUUUUUGGAUAUCGACGUUAAUAUUUUCAUUCAUUUCUCCAAACUAACUUUUGUCAUUUUUUUCAGGUUCAUCGCUUUGUAAGAUGCACCAACGCAGUGGAAGUACCUUUGUUGCAUUCCUUGCAAUUUGCCUCGUAAUGAAAUUGUUGGAGGAUUAAACGCUGUUUUUGUUUCUAGAAAAGUGAAACUGGUUAAACUUUUCGUGGACGCCGGCGCUAACAUCAACGGUAAAGACCUGAAAGGAGAGACUGCAUUGGCUGCAUCUUUUAAGUCUCACGGCUCAUUCCUUCAGACCCUCGCUCACUCUCCUUAUUACCUACCUGAAAAGUCUGAAUUUGCUUCUUUCUGUACACAUUUUCGUCUGUUCAGUUAUUGGCCUCUGGUACGCGAGUUGAUCAGAAAUGGAGCGAGAAUUUUCGUUCACAAAGGACGACACAGUGUUUGGCAAAUGCUGAGGGCGCAAAGGGGCUACAAUUCGCUCAACAAUUUUAGUUGGAUUUUCUUCAUUACAUUAAAAAAGUUCAUUGAGCGACAGUUUUUUUUUUUGGCGACCUCGGUAUAGCCGAUUCACGACUAACUUGGGACGCAAAAAGGCGUGCCCUGUCUGCGCGCUCCACCAACCAGGCACUGCCUCUUUUCUUAUCGUGCCAGGACCCUUUUUUCGAUGGCUCAAGCUAGCCGUGAAUCAGCUAUAACGCAAACCGGACUCGCCUCGGACAUUUCUGAGCUUUUCAAGUAAUCACUUGAGAGUUCUGACACCGCUAUAGUGAUUACUGAACAUCCUCGAAAGCGCCCGCGGCGCGUCCGGUUUGCGUUACCGAGAUCUGUUUGUCAGUUCUCCGACUUCAAACGCCAAAAGGCGUGACGCAACUUUUGUUUCGCGGUGGCAAAAGAAAAGGAAGAAAAAAAAACAUGAAUCCUGAUUAAAAGAUCGAGAGAGACACCGUAAAAUUGCUAUUCCCCUGCUGUUCGAAAUGAACAUACUUUUUUUUUGGAAACUCUUUCCUUCCGAGCCUCUGCGGCUGUUCACAUCCCUCUUAAAAACCGAAUGAGUUUCCAGGUGAGGAGAUCACACUGAAGGACCUCGCUGCACAAGUUGUCGAAGCCCACUACUCGAUGGACUAUUUGAAAAUGAAAUUGCCAGCAGCCGACGAGCUUCAGCCGCACAAACUUAAAUGUAGAAGAUUCAUUGGCCUGUAUUUCUAG